AUGAACGACGCCAUCAACGACGCCACUAUGAAGGACUACCUUAUAUCGUCCUUGGAGAUCUUAGAGAUAAAAUACCCUAAUUGCGCAAUCGUACUAGCUGGAGACUUCAACAAAACGCUCUUCCCCUUGCUCCAGUCUGCUGUGAAAGUCUUUCAACUUAAACCGGUCGUUGACUUCCCUACUAGAGGAGAUAGAACUCUUGACCAAAUUUUUACCAACCUUACAGAGUAUUUUUCAUCUCCGUGUAGUUUACCCGCAUUUGGUCUUUCGGACCAUCAAACCAUAUUUAUCUCGGCUAGAAUUCGUGAUAAAACCUCCAAGCCCAAACGCAAAUUAAUUAUGACAAGAGAUAAACGACCCAGUAAAAUAGCAAGUGUUGGUCGAUUUCUUCAACAAGUACCUUGGUCUGACUUGUUCUCCCCGGCUCAGUCAAGUGAAGAUAAACUUAACAUCCUUACAGAUAUAAUACAUUUUGGCCUAAAUACCAUCAUGCCCGUGUCAACCAUCAAGAUACAUGAAUCAGAUCGGCCCUGGAUGAACACUAAUCUAAAACAGCUCAUCUCUCGUCGCCAAAAAGCUUUUACAUCUGGUAACAAUCCUCUCUACAAAAUUCUAAGAAACAAAGUCAACCAAGCAUGCAAACGCUGCAGAAAAUCCUACUACGUUAAUAAAGUUAAAGGUUUACGAGAUUUCAAGCCCCGUGACUGGUGGAGAGAAGUUAAACAGAUUUGCGGCGCCAGUAAAAUUCCAAAACGGGACCUAACCUCAUUACUCCAUCCAAACCUUGUCUGUGAUAAGGAAUCUCUGGCUGAAAACAUCAAUUCGGCGUUUGUCAACAUAAUGAAUUAUUAUUUACCCCUGUCAGACUGUAUACGUGUAGAAGUGGCUGAUGAUCGACCAAUAUUUGUGACUGAACACUCUGUCGCAAGAAAGCUUUUAGAGCUAAAUGCUUCUCGUGCUAGUGAUCCCGACAACCUCCCUAACUGGGUACUUAAAAAUUUUGCGUAUAUUCUAGCGGCCCCAAUUGCUGAUAUCCUAAAUACUUCGUUCUUGGAAUGUAAAGUUCCUGACGCAUGGAAACUUGCCAAUGUCUGUCCUCUGCCUAAGGCAUCUUCUCUCUGCAACAUCAAUGAGAAUUUAAGACCAAUCUCUCUAACACCCACCCUCUCAAAAGUUGCUGAGAGCUUCAUCAUAGACAUUGCGUUGAAACCUGUUCUACUACCUAUUAUCGACCCAGGCCAAUUUGGGUUCAUCCCAGGAUCGUCAACUACUCUAGCACUAAUCUCUAUGUUCCAUCAUUGGUUACGAGCUACUGACGGCACCGCAUCCACCGUAAGAACCAUACUUUUAGAUUUCCGCAAAGCUUUUGACUUGGUGGACCAUAAUAUUUUAGUCGCCAAACUGUUUAGUAUAGGCGUAAAACCCACGGCCGUCAAUUGGAUAAUUGAUUUCCUAAGACACAGAAAGCAGAGGGUUAAACUAAACAACAUCGUUUCCGAUUGGCUUGACGUCCCAGCAGGAGUGCCUCAAGGAACUCGUCUUGGUCCCUGGUUGUUUUUAGUACUAAUCAAUGAUCUUAAGCUACCUCAGGAAUCCUUGCCUAUGUGGAAAUUCGCCGAUGAUUGCACAAUCUCUGAAGUGAUACCACCCUUCAAGCAAAGCUCUCUUCAGCAAGCUGUUGACUAUAUCGAUGCAUGGUCUCAAGAAAAUCGAUUACAAUUGAAACCAACUAAGUGUAAAGAAGUACGAUCAUGUUUCAAGAGAAACCCUCCAUCAUUCCCUUUAGUCGAACUAAAUCAUUUCCAGUUAGAAAGAGUUAGCGUGGCCAAAAUUCUUGGCGUAACAAUCCGGGACGAUUUUAAGUGGAACGACCAUAUUGGUAUUGUCACCGUUAAAGCAGCAAAACGACUGUAUCUUUUGAGUCAAUUAAAAAGAGCCGGGAUCUGUCCAAAAGAUCUUAUCACUUUUUACUGUAGUGCCAUCAGAUCACUCCUGGAAUAUUCGUGCCAGUUGUUUCAUCGGAGUCUCCCUAACUAUCUGUCAAACGAGCUUGAGAGUAUCCAAUGGCGCGCUAUGCGUAUCAUCCUCCCAGACUUGAAAUAUGCUGACGCGCUAAAAGACGCCGGCAUUUCCACUCUCUUCGACAGACGAGCCCAACUAUCAAGUCAUCUUUUUGAAGAUAUUGUUAAUAAACCGGAUCAUAAGCUCAGUGGCCUACUUCCACCGCAAGCACAUCAUCAUAACGAUUUAAGGAGUGAACGAAGGUUUAAUGUACCUGUUAGUAAGACGGAUCGUUUUAAAAAAUCUUUUAUUAUUAGUCAUAGCUCAAAUAUAUAAAUUUUAACAACAAUUAAUCUAGGUGAUAAAUUGACUUACUCUUAUUUUUAAUUAUUCAAAAUUGUUGUAAUAAUGUAUAAAACUCAAUUGUUGUAAAUAUUCACAUAAUUCAGUCUACGACUGCAAAGUGUUUUAUUUGAAUAAACGAAUCUAAUCUAUUAGACAACUUGCAUGUUAGACAAAUUUUUGAUCUAGCCGAUCUAGGCAAAAAAAAGUAAAUUCCCGUUAAGAACUUAUUAAAAUUAGUAAACUUGCAAAAUUUGGUUGCGAAAUGUUGUAAAGCUCGGAAAAUAUAGCUUUGCAAAGUUUGCAUAUUUUCAGUAUAUUUGUAUUACGUGCGGAAAUUGUUACCAUUUUCGGCUCAAAAAUGGUAACAAUUUCCGCUCGUAAUACAAAUAUACUGAAAAUAUGCAGACUUUGCAAGGCUAUAUUUUCCAAGCUUUACAACAUUUCGCAACCAAAUGUUGCACUUUUACUAAUUUCAAUAUGUGCUUUUUAGCUGUGGUGUCUGAUUCCCUUUUCUCUGCUUAGAUUAAAAUUUUGUCUAACAUGCAAGCAAUCUCGCAAGCCAGGGUCUUUUACCUACGCUCGGGCUCCGGCGAAGACCCUGGUUCCCUCUGGUCACGUGACCUCCUAAAAAAUAGGACAACAAGAGGUCCUAGGGGAGGGUGGUUGAAAUGUGAUAUGUUGUAAUUUACAACUUCCGGUUAAAUGUUGUGUUUGCCAGGCCCGCCGAGGAGUGACUGUAGAAAAGCUACGAGAAGUGACUUCAACUGUAAUAUGCAAAAACAUUCAAAAUGCAUUAUUUUUCUUAUUUGUUUGCAGUUUUCUAUUAUAAAUAUUUUGUAUGCAAACACUAUUUUGAAGCCCAAGCACUUAUUUGCUUAGAAAAGCUGUCCUUUGGCGUGUAUAUACUGGCAAUUUUUCCAAUCGGUAAUAUGGCGAGUCGCUAUAAAUUUACCAGCUUUUGCGUUUGAUGCUUUUCGCUAAAAGAGCGUUAGAAGAACGUCCAACUCAUGGCGUUUGUGUAAAUGAGUAAUACUGCUCGUUACUGAUAUAUCGCCAACGCGCCUUUGAUAAACAAUCCAGCUCGAAAAUUAUGUGUGAUAAAACUCAGAGUAUCAGCAAUAAAUGUUUUUCAGCAGCCAUUAAAAUGUGACAACGAAGAGAUUGAUUGCGAUGUAGCUGAACUUGACCAAAAGACAAAACUAUUCUACUAUACAUGUUAUUUUUCAAUCAUCCAUUAUAUUGUUAUCUCAAUUUUGUUCACUUUAUGCCAAACGUAGUAUAUUAAUUGUGUGUUGUAUUUUAUAACGUACCAGUCGUUAUUGCAUGACUGCUAGUACAGCAAAUAAACUUGACCGAAGGCACAUGAAAGCGGGAUCGCUUGGCUUGCAUAAUUGCUUUGAGUUGGUUGCAAAUUCUGACCGAAAGAUAUGAUGAGAUCUUUUACGAAAAGGCAUUCAGAUACAGGCACUGAUAUUGAUGCCUUGGAGGACAUUUGCAACCCAAUUUAUGCUGUAGUGUAUGCAAAACACAAUGUUUAUGUGUUGAGUGUAGUUUAGAUAUGGAAAGGGAAUGAUUUUACCUGAUUAGACAAAUAUUUUGCGCCUGUGAAAUAUUCUUGACUUUGUACCAAAUAAAUUAACAAUUAAUCACAAAUUGAAAUCAUAUACACUCAAUUUACUUCAUGGACAGUACAAAAACCCAUAUAGCAGUGCCAGAACAAAAUUCUAAAAUAUACAGCCACUGUAACCAUAUAGCUAUUUCAAUUAAACAUUUAAAGUUGACAAAGACAAUAGUCAGAUGUACAAUAAUAUGAGUGCUAUAUAAAUGAAUAAUGGGAAUAAUGAUAGUUUUCAAAAAGUUUAACACCUCAAAUAUAUUAUGAAUACCAAUUUAAUUUGUAUUACCAUGAGGCUAUUGAUGUGUUAAAAUAGGAUAUUUUUUAGCGUUCAAUUGUACAUUUAACUAUAUUGUUUGUGACACUAACCUUAAUAGCAGGAAUAUAGCUGCAUUAUAAUAUAGAACAAGUGCAAAUUGCAUGUGCAUCUGUUAAUCCUUUCAAGCUAGGGUAUAUAUAUAGUCUUGGUAGCCUGUGCAACAGCCAUACAAAUCAUUGUUGCUUAUUCGUGCAAGUGUUACAGUAUUCACAGUCAUAAUAAUUCCUCUUUAUCUUCUGAUGUGUCCACUGGUAAGUGCUUGGUGAAUGUUCCUCUUGCGUUUGUUUAGCUAGUCAUCAAAUGCAGCGACAAUUUGUCUAUAAUGUUGCUAAUGUAUCUGAUGAUAUAUCUGCGAAGAAACCUUCAUGAAAGUGAUCAUAUAUUGUUGAUUGCAAAUGGUUUCAAUUCCAAGAGAUGAGAUAAAAUAACAUUUUCUCUGAAGAUGUGUGCUUGUGAGAGGAUGACUUAAUUCCUACAGCUAUGUCGAAGUUGUUUAUCAUUUCUGCAGAUAUCCCUCCAGUCGCUCUACUUUAAUAUUAAAUAAACAUUCGAUUGACUUCACUGUCUUGGGUGUUUUUUUGGCCGCCAUUCUUUUAAUUUAAUGUUAAUUUAGGAAGCUAGAUUAGAAAAUCCGUCAUUGAUCAUCAGACAUCACACACAAGAGUUUCACAAUUCACAAAUUCUGCGAUACGAAGCAGGUUUUUAUUUCGCUAUUCAGCUACCUCUAAGAAUAGGUUCGGUUGUAAUACUUCUUGUCGAUAAUACUAAUUAACCACAAAGGUGACACUUGCAUUCCGAAAACAAAGCGGACUUCGGAUAAAUCAUCUUUGGAGUUUCCUUUCGCUGUGCCAUAGAGUUGAGAGCUACUGAAUACUGUACUUUGACUUUGUAUAAGUGUGCAUUCGACCUUUAUUUUCUUUGCGUUGAUAAAUAAUGGCUACACUUCAAGGUGUAAAACAGACCUCCAGCCAUGCAAAUUAUAUCAAGUAGGUGUAAAAAGCUUUCAAGCGGUGACAUAUUUCAUAAAAGAUAACACAAAAACCGACAAAACCCAAAAUAUGGGUUAAUACAGAGCGUAAAUGGCCGUAUUUUCCAUAGGCAUAGUUAUAGUUUUUUCGUUUUCGCUCUUGAAUUCCCCCUACCACUCCUCCCUAAGUGGCAAAGAGGCGCCAAUUCGAAUUACCCCUAAAAUCUGGGGGUUCACGUGACCAGAGGGAACCAGGGUCUUCGCCGGAGCCCGAGCGUAGGUAAAAGACCCUGGCUUGCGAGGUUGACAUGCAAGUUGUCCAUUAAUCUAUAAACAAUUGCUCUAUUCAGGCAACUGCAAAUAUACAGGAGGUAUCUGUCCAACCUCCUAUCACUGAAGUACCGGAUAAAUACAGAGUUACUGUGGAUGAAGUUAGACUGGAAUUAUCUCGGGUUAACCCACGUAAAGCUACAGGCCCUGAUAAUUUUCCAAACUGGAUCUUGAAGGACUUUUCAGAUUUUUAAGUCUUCUGCUCUGUUCCAUUUUUAAUGCGUCGAUUGAAGAAGCCUACUUACCAACAAUAUGGAAAUCAGCUGACGUCUUCCUUCCCCUAAAACAACCCCAGUUAAGGACGCCGCCACUGAUCUAAGACCAAUUUCACUAACGCCAGUGAUGAGCAAGAUUGGGGAAUCCUUUAUUUAUAAGUGGUUGUUAGAGGCAAUUGAAGAUAGAAUAGACCCAAACCAAUUUGGUGCAAUAAAGAACUCGUGUACCACGGAUGCCUUAAUGUUUAUGAUCCACAAAUGGUUUCAAGCUCUUGAUGGAACUGGAUCAUUAGUUCGAGUAUGCUUAUUAGAUUUCUCUAAAGCAUUUGACAAAAUUGACUAUAAUGUACUAAUAAAUAAGUUGAGGGAUAUGAAUAUUCAUACUGUAUUGGUCAACUGGAUCAUUGCAUUCUUAUCUGGUCGUUAUCAACGUGUGAAGUUGGGAGGAUGUACAUCUUGUUGGAUUGAUGUCAAGGCGGGUGUACUCCAAGGAACUAAGCUGGGUCCACUACUAUUCCUGAUUUUGAUUAACGAUUUCAAACCAACCAAUGACAUUACAAAAUUUGUUGAUGAUUCUUCAAUCUUUGAGGUUGUGUUACAGAAUGCAAGAUCUAAACUAGACAAACUUUAUCUAAAACCAGCGAGUGGGUUGAUCGUAACUACAUGGAAUUAAAUGGGGGGAAAAUACAAAGGAAUUAAGGAUUACAUUUUCAGACCAUAAUUUUGAUCUUGGUAAUCAGUUAUUGAUUAACAACGAGCCUGUAAGAGUUGUCAGUAAGACCAAACUUUUGGGUAUUACCCUUUCAGACGAUUUAAAAUGGAAUGAUCAUAUUCAAGAUAUCUGUUCCAAAGCUAGUAAACGCUUAUAUUUUCUAAGAAUCGUACAACGAGCGGGUUUUGAUCUUGUGGACUUAGUAAAAAGUUUAUUGCUGUUACAUUCGACCAGUCUUGGAAUGUGCGUGCCCUAUUUGGCACUCUUGCAUCCCUGAAUACUUAUGCAGUGGACAGGUGGAAUCAGUUCAAAAACGAGCUCUUCGCAUCAUAUGCAAGAAUUUUUCAUAUUCGGAGAACAAGGAGACUACUACGUUAAUGUCACUUAAAGACCGAAGAGAAACUCUAUGUCGUAAAUAUUUUAACCGUAUAAAUAAGCCAAGUAAUCGCCUUUUUAACCUUUUACCAUUUAGUAGUGAACAUCAAUAUAACUUGCGUAAUGAUCGCCUUCCGUCUAUUAAGGCUAAAACUGAACGGUUUAGAAAUAGUUUUAUCCCAUAUGCAAUUAGAACUUAUUCGUAGUUUUAAAUUAACUUUUUAAUAAUUUUAUAUUCUCUUAUAGCUUAUUUUGAGUAUGUAUCUUAAUUAACUUCAUAUAAUGUAAAAACGUGUAAUUCAAUCCUUGAUUGCAAAACGUUUUAUAUUAAAAAUCAAAUCAAAUCAAAAUCACGGCUUGAAAGAGCAUCACAAUUACUGUAGUAAUAUUCCACAGUUUCGUUGCGAAAUGUUGUAAAAUGCGGAUAAUAAUCCCUGCGAAGUUUGCCGUUUUUCAGUCAUUUUGUAUUACGCAUGGAAAUUGACACCUUUUUCAGAAGGCGGUCCAAGUUAACAUCUACAUGCCGAUUUUCUCGCAAAUUUAUUACAAUUUGCUUAGUUAACGGUGGCCUGCAUCUCACAUGCUUUAUAUAACGUAUCCUGUUAUAUUUAUGCACAUUUUGAAGUUUACAAUUAUAUGUUGAUCUUGCGUUGAAAGCAAUUAUACAUCUUUCAAGACCAAUAUUAUACUAAACGUUAAACCAAUAAAAGCUCGCUAUUCUACGGUUGCCAACGAUUAGAGUAUAGCGGCAGCCAAUAGGGAACAGUGAUUUCAACGAUUGUUUCGUUAACUUUCUUAAUGACGCUAUAUUCGUUCGUUUACGUCCUUCGGUGCAUGUUAACUAAUAAGAUUUCUUCGCUUUUGUCGUUUCGACCGAAAAGACCAAAGAGAACAUAUAUAGAUGUUUUGAGCGAAAGCCCUUCGUUAUUUUGUCGCAGAACAUUUGUGGGUUGAGUUGGGAAAAUAUACUUGUGUUUUUAUAGUGCGCUGCAAAAGCGACACGCGUGGUCACGCGUGGGCGUAUAGUGCAUGCCAGAAAAUCAAAGCGUCCAGUGAAUAAUUGAUUGGUCAAUUUUUUCAGAUAGUUGCUUUUAUAAGUUAUGUUGCACUAAAACACACCACAACAUACGAAGACAUGUAACAAGGUCAUCGUUUUCAAUUAUGGCACAUUAUAGGUAAACAUAAACAAAACAGAAAUCGUUUUUAUAAACACCUGUCCCCAAUGCAUUUUAAGUGGGUGUGUGCCUUACUCUUAGCCAGUUUACACGACAAGCGUUUUGGGCACGGCACCCCUAAAAAUGGUGAACCGUGCCCAAAAUCUUGUCACGCGGGACCGCCCGCAACUUUUGUUGUUUAAACGCGACAAAAAUCGGCAAUGGUGCUCAAAAGAUUGAAGGUGCCGAGACGUUUUGACAAGGUAGUCUUGGCACCUCUAGCUAGCGAUGCCGUGCUCACAUUGUGAACGAAUUCCAGAAGUAAUCUACUUCGAGCAUGCGUAAUUCGUUCAUUUUCACAUGCGGACAGCCGGUUAACUAGUAAAGGCCAGGAAGUCGCCUGUCUAUAGACACAAUUUAUCACUCUGAACACUAAAUAUAAUCACUUUGAACAUAUUAAUUUUAUAUACAACUGACAUAAUUUUUCGUCUUCUGUUCGAUCUUUUCUCCUUAUAGUCGUCUUCAUUAAAUGCAACAUAAUUUUGUUAUAACCCAGCUCAUGCAUAAAGAUUUGUUCAACUUAUACUACAAUCGUAUAUGCCGUAGUCUGCAGAUAAAAGUGGGGAAGCCGUUUUCCGAUGUCAUUCAUGAGUGCCCAUCAUAAAAGUAUAGAUUGUCAAAAUUGUCGUGCAAACAAGUACGUAGUGAAAUGAACGUCUGGGCAAGGGUGCAUGUUAGUGUUAUUAGGGGUGUCGAGUCCAAAACGCCUGUCCUACAAACUGGCCUUUUUAAGUUCAAGCUGUCGAAUCGAAGGCAUAAUUUCUAUGGGCGCUUCUGGUUGCUGACAGCACACAGCUGCCGUGGGAGGGUAUAGGAGGAAACCGGAGUACCCGAAAAAAAACCACGGUUGAGCGUUGAUUGACCUUUUCACAAAAGUGUAAUGAGUCCAGACAAGUGUCAUGAGUCCGCGUAAUCUGAAGUUCAGGCCCUAAUUUGAAAUAGGGCCUGACACAAAACCUGUCUAGACCGUGGGACGCCCACAUGUUAUUUUUAGACACAACAUGCAAUAUGAUUGACAAGUGUUGUAGAUUUCGUUACACAAAAAAAUUAUAUUCUCAUGAACAUGUCCGCAGAGUGUGCAUUUUGCUUUUUAAUUCAACUUAAAAAUUCAAGGUACUUUUAUAUAAUUAAGAGUCAGUUUCUCUAUUUAACCGAACAGCAAACAAAGAUUUAAUUAGUCAGUUCUGUGCACGGCUUGACUGCCAAGCUUUCUCAAGGUCUCUACUUGCUGGACGGAGUGGACGCAGAUAUACUCUAACGACUAUUAAACGGGCUAACAACAGCAACAAUGAAAUUCUCAAUCGUACCACGAAGAAGGCGAUGUAGCUCAGAAAACAACGCCGGUAGGACCUGAUAUUAAAAAUAUGACUUUUGCCAGCGAAGCAGUUGGGAGAUCAUCUAGAUCUUGGCUGUCAAGUGUCAACAACAAGCUUUCGAAUACAUGACUAGUUUGGCUGUUCUUUCAGCGUCGUGUGUCCAAAAUUCGUCAAAGAUUUUGCUGAAGCCCUUUCAAAAUACUGUUUUUUUUAUUUAUUUUCUGCCAUAAAGCAUAAAAGAAAAGAAAUUCGAAGAAAUCGAUAAUGGAAUUUGUUACGUGCGUUUGACCUUUAUAUUAUUAAUUGUCGCCUUGACCGAGCUAUUUUUAAAACUGUUGUUUAUGUAAACUUGCAACCAAUCAAAAUCCUUCAUGAUGCUGAUCAACCAAUCAGAUUUCCCGUCCACCAGAUGGACGGGAAUCCAACAGUUUAGAUAGGUUUUGUGUCAGGCCCUAUUCUGUGAUUAGGGCCUGAACUUCAGGUUAGAGUCCGCGGCGCGAUGGGACCCACGAUGAAAGGCGCUUGCUCUGACGAUUGUGUCCCCAAAGUUGUGUUGCAAUUAAAUUGCACUGAUGUCAACAAUUAAAACUUUUUAAAAAUUAUGUUCAAUAUUUUUUUUAGUAUUCUUAACAAUUGGGAUACCAAGUAUAAAACGAAAGGGUCGCAAUUACUUAUCUAAAACAUUGGACUCCUUGCUUUAUAACGUCAGUGAGGCAAAAGACUUCAGUACCAAAAUUGUUGUUCUUCUGGCAGAUAUAAAGAAAAGUGCGAGACAGAAACGACUCGAAGAGCUAUCGUCAAGAUAUUCUAAAUAUCUUGCUAAUGGUAACAUCCACGUGAUUACAGUACCACCAAAAGUAUAUCCACCUUUACAUGGACUAUCAAAGACACUUCACGAUACUGAAGAACGAAUGUUCUGGCGUUCAAAGCAAGCCAUAGACUUUGCCUUUCUAAUGCAAUACUGUAAAUCGUUCUCUCCGUAUUAUCUACAGUUGGAAGAUGACGUCAUUGCCACAAGAGACUAUGACGUAUAUAUGAGACGAUACAUGGAAGAAAAAGAGGGAACGUUUUGGUUCAAUCUAGAUUUUAGUAAUCUUGGUUUCAUAGGAAAGUUGUAUCGAUCCGAGACUUUGGAAAAUCAAGCGCGUUUUUUUCGGUUAUUCUAUACUGAAAUGCCCGUGGAUCUUCUUUUGUCAGCAUACAGGACGAUGUUGGGAAAUGAUGUGAUCGAGACGACGUAUUUCAGAAAUCUGUUUCUACACAUUGGCUAUGAAUCAUCGUCAUUGUCGCGUUGA